AUGUCCGACGUGAAGCGCUCGCUGCUUGACAUGAGUCCUGGCGGAAAGACCGACGACGAGGAGGAGCCUUCCGAGGACGAACCCACCGAGUCGAACGAAACGUUUGCUGAGUUUUGUUCAACUCACGUUGUCGUCUACGAUGUUUUUCUGCGAAUAUCGGGCCAUUUGGCGUUUUUCUCAUGGGUGAUGCAUGUGGUCGUUCUGACGGCCCUUUCGGCUGUCUUUUGCCAGAUCGUCUCCAAACAAGCAGUCGGAUCGGGAAUUCCUGAAGUGAAGGUGAUAAUGCAUGGCUUCAAAAUGGACAACUACCUCACCUUUCGUACCUUGAUCGCUAAAAUGGUCGGCUUGACGUUGGCCAUGGGCGGUGGACUCCCUAUAGGAAAGGAGGGCCCAUUCGUGCACAUGGGGGCGAUUGUGGCGACGUUGCUCUCGAAAAUCACUGCUUCUUGUCAGUACUCAGCUUUCUUCUCAAAUGAAGGUCGAGAGAUGGAGAUGCUGAGCAGCGGUUGUGCCGUUGGAAUCGCCUGCACAUUUUCAGCACCAAUCGGAGCUGUGCUCUAUGCCAUUGAGUCAACAUCGAAGUACUUUGCCGUGAAGAACUACUGGCGAGGAUUUCUGGCUGCCACUUGCUCGGCAAUCAUCUUCCGAUUCGCUAAUUUCUUCGUGACUGCUGAGCAGUCCGGUAUGAUUUCGGGUUAG